GGACGGUAGCGGCGGCGGCGGCGGCGGCGGCAGCGGGGCUCGGCGCCCUCUUCUCUGCAGACCAUGUUUGCCAAAGGCAAAGGCUCGGCGGUGCCCUCGGACGGGCAAGCUCGGGAAAAGUUAGCUUUAUACGUCUACGAAUACUUACUGCAUGUAGGAGCACAGAAAUCUGCACAGACCUUCUUGUCAGAGAUUCGAUGGGAAAAAAACAUCACGCUGGGAGAGCCGCCUGGGUUUCUGCACUCCUGGUGGUGCGUAUUUUGGGACCUUUACUGUGCAGCUCCUGAAAGGAGAGACACUUGUGAACAUUCAAGUGAAGCAAAAGCCUUUCACGAUUAUAGUGCAGCAGCUGCCCCGAGCCCUGUGCUUGGCAACAUUCCCCCCAACGAUGGGAUGCCCGGAGGCCCCAUCCCACCAGGUUUCUUUCAGGGUCCUCCGGGGUCACAGCCCUCGCCGCACGCACAGCCUCCACCUCACAAUCCCAGCAGCAUGAUGGGACCCCACAGUCAGCCUUUUAUGUCACCGCGAUACGCAGGCGGCCCCAGGCCCCCGAUCAGAAUGGGAAACCAGCCGCCAGGAGGAGUUCCUGGGACACAGCCAUUGCUGCCCAAUUCCAUGGAUCCCACACGACAACAAGGCCACCCCAACAUGGGAGGAUCAAUGCAGAGGAUGAACCCUCCCCGAGGCAUGGGGCCCAUGGGUCCUGGCCCACAGAAUUACGGCAGCGGCAUGAGACCACCACCCAACUCCCUCGGCCCCGCCAUGCCCGGGAUUAACAUGGGCCCGGGAGCUGGCAGACCCUGGCCCAAUCCCAACAGUGCUAACUCAAUUCCAUACUCCUCCUCGUCGCCCGGCACCUAUGUGGGACCCCCCGGAGGUGGUGGCCCUCCAGGAACACCCAUCAUGCCUAGUCCUGCAGAUUCAACAAAUUCCAGUGACAACAUCUACACAAUGAUUAAUCCGGUGCCGCCCGGAGGCAGCCGGUCCAACUUCCCAAUGGGUCCUGGCUCGGACGGCCCGAUGGGAGGCAUGGGUGGCAUGGAGCCACACCACAUGAACGGAUCCUUAGGGUCAGGGGACAUAGAUGGACUUCCAAAAAAUUCUCCUAACAACAUAAGUGGCAUUAGCAAUCCUCCAGGCACCCCUCGGGACGACAGUGAGCUCGGAGGGAACUUCCUUCACUCCUUCCAGAAUGACAACUAUUCUCCAAGCAUGACGAUGAGUGUGUGACCCCCUUCUCCAGGAAGCUGAGAGAGCCAGCCUUGCAGGCGGGAAGAUACCAGGAAUUAUGCAAGAAGUGAUGAGGUGUCAUUACCAGGAGCUGGGGAGGGCGUCUCCCCACUCUCCUCAACCCUUUCCUCCACAUCCCACCUCCCCCAAUUUUAGUUUCACACAAUAAAAAGGCUGAACUUUUUAUUCCAUAAAACAUGAAGGACAAAACUCAAAAAUGUAUUUCAAGACAAUGACCUGGAAAGCCCUACCCCUUGCCCUUUCCCAAAGGACCUUUUCUGUACAUGACACUUUUUUGUUGUUUUUUGUUUGUUUGGGGUUUUACCGAUGCUGGGAUUUUUUUUUUUUUUUUUAUUAUUAUUUGUUUUCAGGAGAGAUUUCUUUGGGAAAAAUUUUUUUUAAAUGGAAGCUUCUAGCAACUCCCCCUACUCAGCCAACCUGUUUGCUUUCUUUAAAAAAAAAAAAAAAAAAAAAAAAAAAAAAAGGAAAAGGAAAAAAGGAUUAAAAAAAAGAAAGAAAGAAAGAAAGAAACCACAAGCCCUGCUGUCUAUCUGUCCCCACGCCCUGCCACCAGGAAAGCUAGUCUAGGCGUGAGAUGCCACACUGUCUUUGUAGCCAUCUAAAAAUAAUAAUAAUGAACUGGACAGUUUACAACCCGUAGUUUCUUUUAAACAGCCUUUUGGGGAAGGAAUUGAAAGGAAGUCGCCCUUUUCUGCUUGGGGAUUUUGGUUUGUGGGACAGGCAGGGGCGGACAGGAACCUGCUUUGUUUGGGCCUUGCUGGCAACAACAGCACACCUGGACCCCUGGACGAAGCCCAUCCCGUGGCCAACAGACCCCUUCCUGGACUCCCGUGGCUGCCGCUGCUGUGACCUGACCGGCGCAUGCACUGUGUCCCCAGGACGGCCUCCUGUCCCUCCUGGGCCUCCUUCCUGGCCUUUGCCUCCAGGCCUUUGCAGCCCUGCCCUGGCCUCCCAGCGAGAAUCCUGCCCACCUGGUGGUGGCCCCAAGCAGAGCAGGUGAGGCCACCACCGACAGGAUGGCUAUGACCUGGGACUUGGAAACCGCAACCUCUGCAUCUGGGCCUGAGAUCUUGCAUCGUCGCUGUGUGCGUGGGCAGGGUGGGCUGGAAUUUGGGUUUUCUUUUUCUUUACCCCUUUUUUUCCUCCCCUCUUUAUUUGCCCUCCUUUUUCAAAGAUGGGCUGUUGACCAGAAUUGCUCUGUAAAUGCUUGGAACUGGAUGGAAGACUUCAGCAUAGCUCUGGGGGGGUGGGGGGAGCACCAGAAACCAAACAGACAUGCUGUUUCCAGUCCUGUUUUUAUUUUCAAAAACCGAUGAACCCAACGGUGGAGCCCAGCCCCUCCUAGAAGGGGUGACUCGUGACACCUCACCCCCACGGAAACCUUUGUGUCUCGCCCUGGAAGACACCAAAUUCUUUGUACAUUUACACUCCCCUCUCCUCCUCCCCCAGUAGCUGGUCUUUGUUUUAUUACCGCCCCUUUCUGAUCCAUGUAUAUCAUAUUAUGUGAGAUACCAUCUGCCUGAAAAAAGACCUUGUGCGGAUUAUUGGGAACAUUGUAGCUGUUUCUGUGUUUUUUCUUACCUUGUAGUCUGGUUCUGAAUUACGAGAGGAAAAAAAGUAAUUAUGAUACAUUGUAGUUUGUGUACGAUAUAUGUUGAUAACGUUUUAUUAAAGGGACAUCUUUUUUCCGCA